UAACAGAAUGUGAGGUCGCUCAGCCAACCGAAGAAGAACCAUCAUCUCCCAAAAUUGUUUCCUCCUCUUCUCAACCUACCCGUAAAUACUCCACUAGAACUGGUGUUGCCAAAGAAAGAGACAAGAAUCUCAACACAAAAAUAAGAGCCAAAGCCCUUAGGCCAAAGAAACGCAAAAGACUAGAAAAUAAUCAAACAAUAUUUAUUAGCAAAAAAAAGAUAAAAACACAACAAACAAAUAGUGAAACUCUUGUUGCAGAAAAGAAAAGUUUACCUCUAUCCCUAUUAAAACCCAAUACUUCAGAAAUUACCUUACAAAACAGAACAACCCUAGGACAACCAAAUUUAGAACAUACUAGCAGACUCUCUGAAAAUUGGGCAGAUGAAUUUGAAGAAGUAUCUAGAACACAACAUAGAGUACAAUUGAACUCCACUAUGGUAAACAACAAAGAGCUGAAAAAUUCUUUGGCCAACUCAUAUAAGACAAAAGCAGAUAGGGAGAUGAACUUAUAG